AUGCAGACUGCCAACCACACGGACGCUUCCGAGCCAAAGGUCGUGGCCAUUGACACUGACCAGGUUCGACGCAUGUCAGUGAACCAUGAUCAUCUCGAGCAUCUGGCUCGCGAUGCCGCCAAUGCCACUCAUGCCGAGCGACAGAUGACCCUAUGGCAAGGUCUCAAGACCUAUCCAUACGCUGUGGGCUGGUCCAUAUUCUUGUCGACAUGCAUCAUUAUGGAAGGAUUCGACAAAGUCCUGAUCAACAGUCUUUUCGCCUACGAGCCUUUCAAAAAGGCCUUUGGUGUCCAGUUGUCCGACGGAACCUACCAGCUUACUGCCGCAUGGCAGACAGCUCUCAGCACUGCUUCCUUGAUCGGCGAGAUCAUGGGUCUCGUGGUCAAUGGCAUUGUGGCAGAGAGAUUCGGAUACAGGAAGUCGAUGAUUGGAACUUUGAUUGCCGUCAUUGCCUUCAUCUUCAUUGUUUUCUUCGCUGAGAACGCCAUCACUCUCGUUAUUGGUCAGAUCCUUUGCGGAAUCCCGUGGGGUGUGUUCCAGACCAUCACUACCACUUACGCUGCCGAAGUCUGUCCCGUUGCCCUCCGCGCCUACUUGACCACCUACAUCAACCUUUGCUGGGUAAUCGGACAGUUGAUCGCCUCUUCGGUUCUCCGUGGAAUGCUCACCCGGAGCGAUAAGUGGGGUUACAAGAUUCCGUUUGCCCUGCAGUGGAUCUGGCCCAUCCCAAUCAUCAUCGGCCUAUGCUUCGCUCCUGAGUCUCCAUGGUGGCUCAUCCGCAGAGACCGCCGCGAUGAUGCUAGGAAGGCACUCAUUCGUCUUACUUCGUCCGACAAGGACCCCAAUUUCAACGCAGACGAGACGGUUGCCAUGAUGGAGCUUACCAAUGAGCUCGAGAAGGCCAACUCAGUGGGCACCUCCUACAAGGACUGCUUUAGAAAGACGGAUCUGAGGCGCACUGAAGUGGUUGCCUGCACCUGGGCCAUUCAGACGCUCUGCGGCGCCAGCAGCUUCAUGGGCUUCUCCACCUACUUCUACCAACAGGCCGGCAUGAGCACCGACAACAGCUUUACCAUGUCCAUGGGCCAAUACGCUCUUGGUGCCGUUGGCACCAUCUUCUCGUGGGCAUUGAUGGGCUGGUGUGGGCGCCGCACCUUGUACUUCAGCGGCCAGAUCGGCAUGUUCAUCAUGCUCACCAUCAUCGGCUGCCUUGGUAUCAUCUCCCGCAGCAAUACUGGCGCGCAAUGGGCCAUUGGCAGCUGCCUCUUGGUGUAUACCUUCAUCUACGACGCCACCGUGGGUCCCGUUUGCUACUCGCUCGUCGCUGAGUUGAGCUCCAACCGCCUCCGCGCGAAGACGGUUGUGCUUGCCCGCAUCCUCUACAACCUGACCAACCUCAUUACCAACAUUAUCACCCCCCGCAUGCUCAACCCUUCGGCGUGGAACUGGGGCGCCAAGGCGGGCUUCUUCUGGGCGGGAUCGAGCUUGAUCUGCAUCGUCUGGACGUACUUCCGCCUGCCGGAGCCCAAGGGCCGCACGUUCGCUGAGCUGGACGUGCUGUUCGAGAAGAAGGUGCCGGCGCGUAAGUUCAAGACUACCGUCGUGGAUCAGUUUGUGGCUGCCGGUAGGUCUACAAGCAGCUCAUCGAUGGAGAAGGAGACGCUAAAGGUGCAGGUCGAGAGGGUUGAUCACGAGUGA